CAAAAAAGGUUUGAGAGAGAACGAGCCCGGAAUGACUGCAGAGCCAUUGCAGUCGCAAUCCGACCAGCAGCGAGGUCGCAUUCCCCGCCAACGCACCACGUCCGACGCAGGCAUGUCUGGAACAUUGCCAUCAUCGUCGAAUGAUGAAUUGCGGGACGCUGCGAGCGAGCCGAGUGGCGCUCAAGCCGAGCAGAGUGACGAGCAAUCUGACAGAGCGUCAUCAUCCAAGGCAGAGCGAGCACUCGAGUGGCCGAGCGCCCCACGACGCGAUGCGCCGACACCCAUGGCUGUGGCAGGAGUGCAAUCCGGCGUCAGGCCAGGCAGCGUGGACCGGAACGCGAGCGAGCGCGACAGCCUGGACGACCAAUCGCGACGAGGUGGACGUGCGGACAGCAAGCCAGCGACCGCCGAGACGGCGAUGCAAAGGCAGAUCCCACUCGGGGAACACUCGACCAGUGCACCGGCGAGCAAUGCCAGUCCAGCACGCGACGAGCGGCGGGCAGACGCGCCAAGCAGCAGCGCCCAGUCGAGCCAAUCUUCCGCAACAGGCGCUGGCGUACCUUCCCCGAGGUCGGAUAAAGCAAGAGCCAUGUUUGACCAGCUUGAUUUGAACAAAGACGGCACCGUCGAGCUGAGCGAGCUGCGGUCCACUCUUCAGGAUCUCGGCUUGAAGGCGUCGGAGGAACAACUCGCCUCCAUGAUGCGUGUUGUGAGCAAGCAAGAAAAUCAGAGCUUGCAGAUCGACCUUGGCGACUUCCUGGCCUACCUGGACUCCAUUUCCGACGCCGAUUGGCAGCAACUGGACCUCGAGUCUCUUGUCGCCGAUGUUUGGCUGCUCGAGGCCGACACUCGCCACGUUACUAAACCAGCUGAAGUUGCAAAAACACAAUCCAGCACCGCUUGGAAGUAUCUGGCGGCGGGCGGCAUUGCCGGCGCCGUUUCACGAACCGUGACGUCCCCGCUGGAGCUGGCUAAAAUUCUCUACCAGGUCCAUCCUCAGCGCUACACUGGUCUUGCCGACGUCUUUACUCAAGUGUAUCGCGACGGCGGCGUCAAGGCAUUCUGGCGAGGGAAUGGCGCCAAUGUUGUUCGCAUUGCACCCUAUUCAGCCAUCCAGUUUUCAUCCUAUGAGGCGUACACAAAGUGGUUUCUAGCUCCCGGGCAGUCCGAUAUUUCCGUCAUGUAUCGUUUGACAGCAGGAGCCCUCGCUGGAGUCACAGCAACCAUGUGCACCUACCCUUUGGACUUGAUCCGCACUCGUCUUUCAGUGCACCAGCAAGAAUACAAAGGGAUUUGGGAUGGAAUGCGCUCUGUCUUUCAGAAAGGUGGCGUGUCUGCGCUCUAUCGUGGCUGGUUUCCAACAGUCGCCGGCAUCGCGCCAUACGUAGGCAUCAAUUUCACUCUGUACGAUGCGCUGAAAAAGCGCAUGUUGACAUUCUACCAAGCUUCAGACUCGCUGUCCAAGCCGUCAUUGCCAGUGCACGUUAGCCUCACGUGUGGUGCACUGGCAGGCGCAGGCGCUCUCACUGUCACCUAUCCCCUCGAUGUGAUGCGACGGCGUUGUCACCUGUCAAUGGAGGGCUACCAGAAUCUAAUCCAGUUUACGCUGCAGAUCGCUCGCCGCGAAGGCUGGAAGUCACUCUAUUCUGGCCUUGCCCCGUGUUAUUUAAAGGUUAUGCCCGCCAUGGCUGUGAAUUUUGUCGUCUACGAGGCCAUGAAGAAGGUCAUGAAAAUUGCCUAGUUUGAAUUCGAGGACCGUUAGGAAGCUCUGAACCCCUUUUUAACAAACGAACAAAAGAGAGUAGUUUUAUGUUUAUGAUUAUUUUACAAACGAGAACGCUACACAACCUCG